AUGUUUAAUCUCACUUGGUCGAAAUAUACAAAUGGAAAAAUUUUUAAAACAAUAAAUAAUCAUAGUGAUAAUCACAUAUCGUCAGAUUCUUGGAUACCAAGCCGAUUUACCAUUGUUCAACGAACAUUAUUUAUACUUUCACUUAUUGUUCUUUUUUGGAUUUUAUUUAUCAUUAUUUAUAUAUCAAGUCGUCUUAUACUCAAAUUUCUAUCAAAUUUAAAACGUUUUCAUUUUCAUUAUGAUUCUCCAUCAACAUCGAAUGAUAAAAUCUGUCGAGCAUUUGUCAUUUCAUCACAUCAUUAUGGAUCAUUUCGUCCAACUCAUGUACCAUCACCAUUACUUUAUCGAUCUGAUAGUCUUUUUUCAAAUAAUGAACCAAUUUUAAAUGAUAAACAACCAAUACAAACAAAAACAAAUAAUAAUAGUCUUUUAGAACAUUAUCUUGAAACAUAUAAUCCAUUAAAAAUUGAUUUCAAAGAUGAAACUAUUUCAACAUCAAAUAUUAAAGAUUUGUCUUAUGAACAAGCACAAAGUGAUACAGAUACACGUCCAAUAACAAAUUGUUAUGCAUUUACUUGUACAAAUAAACGAAAAACACAUCAAGGUGAACAAUAUACUCGUUUAAAAGAAGAUAAUUGUUCGGCAACUAUGAGUGCUAUUGAUGAUCGACUUUCUGAAUGUAGUACAAAAUUAACCAGUACAACAUUACCUAUACUUAUGGUUACAGAUUGUUCUAAUAGUCAACGAUUACAUACGGAUAUUAUUGAACUUGAUGAUGAUGAUGGAGAAGACAAAUAA